CGCCCGGACGAGUAAACAUGCAACCUGCGAUAGAAAAUAUUUUCAAACUCGUGAAGCUCGUGUUAAAAAACGAAACGACGGUCUUCGAAAAGUGCUUGGAUCGCUUCUAAAUCCGGCGAGACGUUUGAAAAUCAAAAACCUGUUCGAAUAUUAACGUAUCCCUUGCGGGUCAACGAGCUUCUGUGUUUUGUACUUGACGCAAUAAGUUUAUGCGGGCCGCAUAACUCGUCCCGUCCGUCGGUACAGUUUUUCUACGUCACGGAACGUCGUUCUGCAUGGUUGUGUCUCUAAGUCGUUAUUCUUCCGAUUAACGCAAGGUAAUCGAGGGUUGGAUCUAGUUAACGACGAUCGUCCCGUUCGACGAGAUGCCUCGCAACCGUGCAAGCAUCGUACCUUUACGACUUCCAAAGCCAAACUAACACAAUGCCAUUCCCGUGUGUCUUCUUCUUACCUUAUCGGGUCAUCCAGUGAUACCUGUUAAGAUUGUGCAUUGAGAGAUGGCGAUGGAUUUGGAUCCAAACGAUCCUGAGGUACGGUUGUCACGAUUUCUCUACGUCGGAAAGGAAUAUCCGGAUUAUCAACCUGGAAACUGGUUCGUUCACAAUUAUUACUUGGCCAAGAACGUCCCGUCCAUCGAAGAGUUAGCAGAAAAUACUGAGAAACAAUUGUUACCCGUUCAGAUUAUCAUUAAGGCAUUUGAAACUAAUCUCGUACCGAAUCCAGAAACGCUGGUAUUCGCUUUGGCUGUUUGCUGCAGGCAAAUGAAAAGCGAGAGCUUGCGUCACGAGGCAUACGCGGCCUUGAACAAAAUUUGUGCGUCGCCGCAACAUUUCAUUUUAUUUAUUAAAUUCGCUUCUCAAAUCAGUAAACAAAAGGAACUGGACGCGGCCGGUGGCUCGAAGCAUGGAUGGGGCCAGGGCUUGAGGAAAGCUGCGAACAAUUGGUAUUUGUCGAAGACACCGAUAGAAUUGGCCGAAUGUGUCACGAGGUACAAGGGGAGAUACGGUUGGAAGCACAAAGACAUCGUCAAACUGUCUCAUCCUGUGGCCACUGAUCCUGGGCUGGAAAUCAUCCUUAAAUACGUAGUACACGGUUUGAAGGAAGCGAAGGAGAAGGGGACAUCGAACGAAGAUCGAUCGGUCGCAGAGGUUUUAGAAUACAUCGAGCGUGUGGAGGACUUUAAACGUUGCACGGACGAAGUUCGUGCGGCAGGGCUCUUAGAGACGUACGGAUUAACGCUCGAUCACGUACCUGGACACUUGUUGAAAUCUAAAGAGGUUUGGAACGCGUUGAUACCAUCAAUGAACUUGGUUCUACUUUUGACCAAUUUGCAAAGGAUCCACAAUCUCGAAUUAUUGAGACCUAAUUCGCCGACGGUCUCGAAGAUAGUGGAUCAGUUCACCUCUACGGAGAGCAUCGCUCAAGACAAGGUUCACCCGGCUUUGGUAUUGGUCACGAUCAGAGACUACGAGAACUCUGGAAAGCCGUUGACGUACGAGAAGAGAAAGAUCAAAGAACAGUUUGAAAAACCAUUACCCGUUCCGCCUAAACCAAAUUCGAAGAUCAUCGACGCUCUCUAUAAAAUGUUGAAUCUCUCCUUUAACAACGUUCAACCGACCGGAUUACGUUACAUGGUAACGAUCAAUAUGAACAAAGUGAUGUUGGAGACCCACUGUUGGCGCAGCGGUAACGUGAACGGCGCGGAAGCGGGUUGCAUGAUCGCGCUUGCUCUCCUUCGUAGCGAGAAGCACGUCACCGUUGCGACUUUCAAAAACGUCGGGAUUCAUACCGUGAACAUCGAUAAAACGGCCUCCUUCGGUCAAGCCAUGAGGAGAUUGCAACAGAUGCCCGUUGGAAAUGUGAACCUGAGUAAACCUAUGGCGUGGGCUGCGCAUCAGAACAACAAGUACGACGUCUUCGUGAACGUCGUGGAUCAGAUAUUCGAGAAAUCCGACACGUCCGAGGAGGCUCUUCAAACUUACAAGACAAAAUUGAAACUUCCGAACACGAAGUUGAUAAACUGUGCCGUAUGUUCCUCAUCGACUUACCGCAAGGAGAAGACGAACAAGAGCAUUUUGUUGAUAAACGGUUUCGACGCCAGCGUUCCCGUUGUCGUACAGGCUUUCGCCAAGUCCCUGUUUUAAUCGUCCACGUUCUUUGGCAAGUACCGCAAUCAAUCAUUUAUCACGCUUUUAAAACGACCGACUUGAUUUUUGAAUGAGUGAACUUCGAGAUCAUCUUUACAAAAUCGUCAAUUAAGAAAUACAUUACACGUUUAGACCGCCACGUUCGCUGUGGGGAGGGGGGAGAAAAAGCUAAUUGCCAAUAAUCUAUGAAUAUUUACUAGUCUGAUAUUUAUACGGUAGCCAGAGCAUGCGAUGGUCGAACCGACUUCAACGAUCGGUACUCGAAUCACUUCGAUUCACUUCACGUUCGUCAUGAAUUUACUACGAGAAUCGGCAUGAAUCUUGAAUCGAGUGUCUCGACUGUCAAACAGAAACUUACUACUGAAAAUAUUCUAUGACACAUUCAGAGGCAAAUCGUACACGUGCCGAGAAAAAGAAAGUUCUGAUCGAAAGCUCUUCUGCAUUGACAUCAAUAGCUUCAGUAUGAAUCCACUGCUCGUAAGAAGUUUCGAUUUCGUUUUUAUUCACGCCUGACAAGAACGAAGAAUGGAUCGGCACUUAAUUGUCAUUAUAACUGGUAACAGUUAUACAUUUAUCGCUAGUAGUAAUACUAACGCGUCGACAUUACUGACGAUAUCUAAUGCAUGUCUUUAGUACGUAGGAUAAGCCGAAUAUAAUCUUUGAUAACAAUUUAAUUUGUCCUUAGAGAGUGGUCCAACAGAUUAUGUAAAUAUUUGUUCAAUCGAACGGUGCACCGAUAAACGAAUCAAUAAUUAACAAAGGAUAUAAAUGUGAUACGUCUGUGAUCGACCAUUUGAUUAGAUACAGAAAAAUGUUUCGAACGUCAUGGACCACUGUUUUACAUUGCUUAGGAGAAACGGACGCGCGUUUAAUAAUUUAUCGCUUCUCGUCUAAUGAAAUAACACUUGCGCAGCUGAAUAAAGGAAAAAAGGAAAAAAAACGUUAGGAUAAGACUGCGUGUUAGACACGCAACGAGUGUCUGAAGUAACGUAAGGUGCAUUUUUCAAACGGAAAGAUACUUUUACUCGAAUAUUCGCCUGCUUAUUUCCAUUGAUCAGCGAUGAAGCUUUCUGUACUCUCCUUGAUAAGAAUCUAUAGGUAUACGUAGAACGCGACUUUUAGGAUGAAAAUACAUUUCGAGGACCGGCGCGCCUCUGGGAGCUCGAAUAAGAAUUUAAAAAAAGGAAUAAAAAAGAAAACGAAUAGAACGUUGAAAAUUUUCCCUCUGUGAUACGCAUUUAGCCCCAAAGAAUAUAGACUUACAUUAGUAUAAUUUUACUGUUGUAUUUCAUAUUUGCCAUAUCCAAAGUAAAUACGACAAAUACUAAAUACUGCUACUAACGUAAUACUGUGAUACAAGGUACAUUGUUAUCGUUCGAACUAGGCGAAGAGAUAGGAGCGAAUACGUGAGCCAGAGACGCGCCGAUUGUCUGCGUUCGUUUGUUAAUUGAUUAGUAUCUUUAGAGACGAUGAAAGAGCGAAGGAACGACGGUAUCCAGAGGCAUUUCGAUCCUUGAAUUACCCGAGGCAAAGUCGUUUGGUUUUUGGAAGCAAGAGUCGAGCUCUUCUUAAACAACUGAUAACCCAGCGUGGAUGUAUUCUCAGGUCCGACGAAACAUUUGAAUUAAGUGCUUAAAUGUUCACGUGUCCUUCGCAGCCUGGCGCGGUGAUUCAUGGAUCGAUCGAACCACUUAUACACGUCGAACGUAAACGCGUCAGGGGAAAUCGUAAAGCGUAGAAACGAUUUUCAUUUCUCGCCCGACGAACGUCCGAGAGUUGAAACAAAAAUUGUACAUGCAUCGCUAUACGUUUUCGGAUAUUGAUUUUCAUAUUUUCUGCAGACAAUGCGAUUUCUCCAUUGAUUCGUCUUUCUGUCUUGCGGUCUGUUAAUUAUUAUAUCACCGGGGAUCGAUGUUUCACCGGGGAAGAACGUUCAUCUCGCGAUUUGUAAUAUCGUUUGCGCGAUGCGUCGCAUAAAGGUACGUUUUACGAAUCAUAAGUUAUCGAAAAUACUAGUAUUUUUAGAUAAAUUUUCCGUAGUCAACGUUCUAAGAUGCGCUUGACAACAAUCUUUUCGUACGAGAGAAAUGAUCGUAGAGAUAGACGAAGAAACAUUGUAAUAGUCGCGCGUUUAAUUAUACUGUUUACUCGUUAAGAGUGAUUGAACGUACGAUGCUACGUUUGUAUUUGUAGCCUAUAUUCACUGAUAUCACCUACGUAGGUAGAGAGUAGCUUAAUUAUCGACACGCUCUUACCUGACGAUCGAAAAGAAAUCAUAUCGACUGUCCGAGUAAUCUCUUCGCCACUGUCACUUCGUAACUGCCAUCUUUUUAUCGUUUACGAUUACGAUUUUCGAUUAUUUUAGAAACGACGCCGAGACUCGAUAGGUCAAAGUGAUCGUUCCUGCCACUGAGACUGGCAACGAAUCCGUGUGUACGUUAGGUCCUUUUGUUUUCAUCGGUCGUACGUAUUUCUUUUCGACCGUGUCGCGUAAGCCAGCAUGCGUCGUCUAUCAUAAAAUACGUCCAAAAUGUUAAAAAAAAAAAA